GAUAUCAAUUCCAAAUUUUUUUAUUUCAAGCUUUCUAAAUUUACAAGAAUGUAUAUUGCUAGAGGAGUGUUAUGUUUUCCUGUUUAUGACGCGCUUAACACGACCCCGCUUUAUAGCGUUAAAUAUUUAUUACACGUGGGAACCUACAUUUUACCCCAAGUUUCAUAAAUUUAACUACGAUAUGCUUCUGAAAAGCAUUACGUUAAACUACAAAGUAAAAAAUAUUCCAAAAAUCUUCCUUUCUUUUUAAAAAUAGAGGUAGAGGCUGUUAUCCACGUAUUGCUAAUAACGUGCUUCUGUGUAUAAUAACAAUUGGCACGCGCUAUGACAAUUGUUACAUUUCUUCGAACAGCUUCCUUUAUCUUUGAACUGUGCAGAACAGCUCUCAAUAAAUUAGCAUAAGACGCAACGCUGUUCUGAAAAAUUUGGAGUUUAUCAUCGCGAGGAAAACAUGGGAUUAAUGGGGACAACAAAAAAUGCGAUGAUACAUCGCUUUCCAUCGGACUUCCAUCGUUGUUAAGAAGAUGAAGUGGAAUCCUAAGUUAUUAUCUUAUCAAGUGUUUCUCUUUGUGGCGAAACUUCAUAAUACAUUCCAAAAUGUAAGCAAUUACCGAAAGGUGACGCACGUACUACCGAUACAGAGUUCUGUAAAUUUUGUGCAAACAGUUCUUUUAACGCUCAUUAAUCGCCGUUUGUUUAUCGACGAAAGAAGGACAGCAUCGUGUCCACAGACAUUUAACUUGCAGUCUUUAUCUCGUUAAACAUCGGUUUCGUUCUAAGAUUUUCGUAGCCUCCAUAAAUUCGUCAGAAUCAAUCGUUUGGCUACCGAUCGUCAGAGAUAUCGGUUUUACGGCGUGGCACUCUUAUCAGAAGCAUCGUGCGCCUGUAAAAAUAAGCAGCUAGCUGACCCGCUAACACUUCAGUCUCGUUCUGGACAUCUCACGAUAACGUCACACUGUCUUCGAUUCGGCUUCUAAGGCACGGAGAAGCCGAUUCGUGUCUUCGUUACGCCGAUUAUACGGGGAAAGCCGAUCGAAGGCAGUUGCGAAACCCGCGUGCUGUUCGCGCGAUGAAUCGCUGAAUUCGAAAAAACGUCUGUGUCUCUGAAUUGGAUUAAUUCGAUAAUCGGUCCUCGUUGAAUCGUGUGCAAAAUGAAGCUAGACGAGGAAAAAGGAAAUGGAAAGAUUGCCCUGAAACGGGAGCUGGGCCUUUUUAGUGCAGUGAGCAUCAUAGUGGCUGUCAUGAUCGGUUCCGGAAUCUUCGUAUCACCCACCAGUGCUCUAGAAAGGUCAGGAUCCGUUGGUUUCUGCUUAAUCGUGUGGAUCACAUGUGGUAUAUUAUCCCUUCUGGGUGCCUUGUCCUUCGCCGAGCUAAGUACCGUAGUGCCACGAUCUGGAGCCGAAUAUGCUUACUUCAUCGAAGCGUUCGCACCUCUGCACGAAUAUGCUGGGCAGAUACCAGCUUUCAUAUGUUCCUGGGUUUACGUAGUAUUACUAAGACCAGCAGAAGUGGCUGUAAUUAUGUUAACAUUCGCCGAAUACAGUGUGCAACCGUUCUCCUACUACCUUGAGGAUGUCCCCGAAGAAGCAUUGUUUCGAUUGAAGAAAAUGAUAGCCGUCUUAGCCCUCGGCUUAAUCACGUACAUUAAUUUGACCAGCGUGAAACUGUACGUGAAGGUGCAGAACAUAUUCAUGAUAUGCAAAAUAAUUGCCUGUGUGAUCGUAAUUGCGGGAGGAGUUUGGUGGUUGUACACCGGUCACACUGAACUGUUGAAGAACCCGUUCGAAGGUACUACCACUUCCGCCGGAAAUGUGGCGUUGGCUUUUUACAGCGGAUUGUGGGCUUACGACGGAUGGACCUCGGCUGCGAUCGUCACCGAAGAAGUCCAGAGACCGGAAGUCAAUAUUCUUCGAAGUAUUUUGAUCGCCGUGCCACUGAUCGUUUUUCUGUACGUGUCUAUGAAUUUGAUGUACAUGGCUGCUCUGACGAUACCGGAAAUGAUCGGCGCUCGAGCCGUCGCGGUUCUCUGGGCAGAGAAAGUUCUGCCCUCGUGGUUGAGCUUCGUGAUACCUCUCGGAGUUGUUCUGUCCACCUUUGGAUGCGGUCUUAGCAUUCAAUUCAGCGUGUCCAGACUGUGCUUCGUCGCCGGAAGAGAAGGUCAUGUACCGCGAGUGUUCAGUUUCAUACACUUUCAAAAAAUGACUCCAGCAGUGGCAGUGGCGAGUCAAGGUCUGCUCGCCUUGGUUUGCUUGCUUCUGGGGAAUAUCAUCGCGUUGAUCGAAUUCGCGAGUUUUCUGACAUGGGUAUUUUAUGGUCUCGCAAUGUUAUCGUUGAUAAUUAUGCGACGAACCAAACCGCAUGCCCCCAGACCAUAUAAGGUACCGAUUGUAAUACCUUGGUUGGUACUGGUUCUUGCUAUCUUCUUAGCUGUGGUUCCGAUUGUGCAUGAACCAUCGCUUAAAUACAUGUUUGCAGUAGUAUUUAUUCUUCUUGGUAUUGGCAUUUAUCACAUGUACGUGUACAAGAGAGCCAGAAGCACUUUUGCAGCGAGACUCACGUACCUGAUACAGGCAUUGUGCUUGGUUGUUGCCACGGAUAAAGAAGACUGAUGUGACAUAAUCAAUUACCUCAUAUUUGCUGUACGAAGUAAAGUUUAGUUUUUUUUGUUAGAACGGACGAAUUAUUGUAGGUUGUACGUCACAUAGAAUGAAGUAACAUUUUUAUUGAUUUCGUGUUUUUUUAAUGAAGAGUUUCAAUAUUUCUACAAAACAAUGAAUUAAAAAGUAUAACAAUGCUUUUACAUUUGUGCAGUAUUGUAAAGGUUCUAUAAAACAACCGCAGAGAUAUAAUAAAUAUUGAUUAUAGUACACAAUUUAAAAUAUGGUAAAUGUAACGUAUAAUUUAAGAAAAUAUCGAAUAUUUAUUAUAUCUGUACAUGUGUGUAUUUUAAACAUCAUAAUAUUGUAAUAUCAUAUCUUAUCUCGGCAACGUCAAUAUUUCAAUAUUAUGAUGAUAUUAAAUAUCAUUAAUGUCAAUUGUAAUUCUAAAGACAUGAUCAUUGCUAACAUGAUG